AUGCGGGCCACCGUGCAGCCGGACCUGAACUCCAAGAAGAAUAACAUCGACAAGCACAUCAGACUGGUCCUCGAUGCAGAUGGCCCUCAGUAUGUCAACCUGACAAGUAUCGGCUCCACGCUGCACGUGAGAAGGGUGCGAUAUCUGUACUACACACAUUCCUUUGCAGAUUUGCUGAUUCGAGAGAUGCUGAUGGGUCAUGCACAGGAUGUGGCUGCCUCUUCUGCUUUUCGAGGCAAAAUGGAGAGGAUGAUGGGUUCAUUGCUCAGAAGAGACGAGUGGCACUAUGUGAGCAUGGACGCCACGCUCAAGCUCUGCAUGAAGGUGACGGGACAAGCGCCAUAUCGAGCUUCGAAAAAAAUCAGAGAAGAAGCUCCGUUUGGGGACGAAGUGGCAUGGCGACGGCUGUUGACCGUGAGAGGUAGGACAGGGGCUGUCCUCUUGAUGCAGCCGAUUCAGAAUGAAUCAUCUGAGCAGAUCGCUGAAGCCCUUAAAGACAACUUCUCGGAGGAGCAACUGAUGUCUUUCCGACAUGUCGGCACGGACAGUCCAUCGGAGAAAUUGCUCUCAACACUAGCUGAGGUAUGUCCUAGGACCGCAAUGCUGGAGUUCUCUAUGUCGCAGAGUGAGACUUCAGGGAUACUUGAUAAUCUGAAUGAGGAAGUUCCAUUUCGAGAUCGUCUGGAGUUCAUCAAGGCCAUUGCAGCUCUGUGCUGCAAAUACAGGAAUGGAAUGCCUGGUGUGCUGAACAGCACACUUCAGGCAUCCAAUCCAAAGCAAAUCUUCCCCUGGCAAAGGUCGCAGUCGGCAUCGGACACCACUAUCCGUUCCACGUCUCCACACAAGGAGACCGAGACGCGACGUCAAGAGCAAGAUGAGGUCCGCCCCGACUGGCGAGCCGGCAAGGCAACGCUGAACUUCGCUCUGGAGCUUCAGAUGGGCGGCCAGCGCUUCGACGCCGACUUCACGCCCAUCGCCUUUCACCAGGGCCCUCCACGGCCCGGUGAUGCCAUGGCCCUGCUCUUGGGCGACGGCGCCGAGGCGGAGGAGGGCAUCACGGUGCUGAGGAGUGAGAGCUCCGUGGAUGCUGAGGGCAACAUCCUGGUGAAGCUCUUUGAGUACGACCCCAAAGCCUUUCGGAGCCUGCGGCUGCUGGUGAUGCCCAUGGUGGCAGACCCGGCGUUUCGUGCCAACUGGUCCGAUUGGAUCCCUGCCAGCGACUUAGACAGGAAGUUCUUGCGCGAGCACGACCGAUGCCUGGAGAGUGGUCUCGUGAGGUCACGCUAUGCGGUCUGUGGCGCGGAUGAUGGCAUCGCAAGCGGCAUCGCUCUCUCAGAUCAGCCCUUCAUCGUGCCCGUUCCCCUUUUCAACAGCCAGCCGGCGGCCCUACCAACUUUCACCAUCGUGCCUCGUAAGGGGGCUCUCAAGGCGGUUGAGGGCUGGGAGUGGCCGUCUCAAGAACACAGCGUGAUCAUCAACUUCGAUGCUGUGGACAGCCCCGCUGCCUGGGCAGCUCGCAAGCACGGCUGCUCGCUGCUGAACGAAACUGCGGCGGAACGGGGCAUCCUCGCUUCCGCGGACGCCACCUGCCAGCUGCUUUCGGAGUGCCCGUCCGAAGAGCUGUGCACAAAGGUCCUAACCCAGAGCCUAGGAGGCAGGAACGCCACGGACACCGAUUUGCACGACUUACACGAGGGGAGGAAGCCGAAUCAGACGAUGCUUCUGUCUCCGGAGGGUGCGGUGAAGCUCCUGCUUUGCUUGCGGACCCGCGCCCCAGAUUGCAGCGAGGGCUUCGAACGGAAGUGGCUUUAUGACCCGGGCAGCCGCAGCAUUUCCCUUGCAGACUACGCCCUGAAGGUUCCCAUGGAGACUUUGUUGGAGCGCGCCGACAGGCUCCGCAACUUCGCGGGUCUGUCACUGCUCAAGGAAAUUCGGAGGAAUCUGACGGAGGAGGCGCAGAAGUCACCUUAG